AUGUCGGAGUCGUCGAAACAAUUUUUUCACAAUGGCUUGGACAGAGUGUUUGUUGAGCCAAAAAAUUUCACGGAUUUAUGCGAUGAGCCGAGAAGACAAGACAACAUUGAUGUGGUCGCAUGCAGGACCAUUUGUUUGACUGUUUAUCAAGAAUUGAUGAUUAUGGGACAGAGAACGGGUCGACGAAUGACGAUGCGCGGUUGUGCUCAUACAAUGGCGAGAAAAGGAAUGUACAAUCAUACAUUGGCCUUAUUUGAUAGAUUUGAUGUUUGUCGAGACAUGAAUGCGGCCGAUCUUUUUCGCCAUGAUUAUCGCGGUGAUGCACAAAGAGUUCGCGUUUGUAGCUGUCUUGGUGAUAGAUGCAACUUCUCUACUCGCUCUUCAUCUCAAUUUCUCUUCUUUAUUUUUCCAUUCUUAUUCUCAUUUUUAAUAUUUUGG